AUGGCACACAACGUGCCUCAUCAGAUGAUCGACCGAAAGCGAGUCAAGGUCUAUGAACUACGCAAUAAUGACUGGUUCGAUCGUGGCACCGGGUUUUGCUCCUCGGCCUUCGUCACUAAUGACGACGGCGAGGUGAGCGAACCACGCAUCGUCGUGGAGUCCGAGGAUGCGCCUGACCGGUUGCUCCUCGACACGCGCAUUCAUCACGACGAUGGCUUCCAGAGACAGCAAGGCAUGUGA